CUGCCCCGCGCGGCCCUGCCCGGCCCGCCCAGCCCCGGUGUGGCAGCGGCUCACGGCGGCGGUGGGGCCCCCGCAGCAGCAGGUGCGGAUGGCCCGUCAGCAGAUGUGGACGGCGCUCGAGGUGGCGCUCCGGGUGCCCUGCCUUUACAUCAUCGACGCCAUCUUCAACUCCUACUACGAUUCCAGCCAGAGCCGGUUCUGUAUCGUGCUCCAGGUCCUCCUCCGGCUCCUCGGGAUAUUUGUAUCCAGUAUUGUUCUGAUCUUGUCACAGCGAUCACUUUUCAAGUUUUACAUGUACAGCUCAGCCUUUCUGUUAGCUGCAACUUCAGUGUUGGUGAAUUAUUAUGCUGCUUUGCACAUUGACUUCUAUGGUGCCUACAACACAUCAGCUUUUGGGAUCGAGCUGCUUCCUCGGAAAGGGCCCUCACUGUGGAUGGCACUUGUCGUUCUACAGCUAACAUUUGGAAUUGGAUAUAUCACACUACUUCAGAUUCAGUCCAUCUAUUCACAGUUAAUUAUUUUGGAUCUGUUGGUUCCUGUAAUAGGUUUAAUCACAGAGCUACCAUUACACAUCAGAGAGACUUUAGUUUUUACCUCAUCCUUGAUCCUCAUAUUAAAUACAGUGCUUGUCUUGGCAGUGAAACUUAAGUGGUUUUAUUAUUCUACACGAUAUGUUUAUCUUUUAGUGAGGCAUAUGUAUCGAAUUUAUGGAUUACAGUUAUUGAUGGAAGACACAUGGAAGAGGAUUCGUUUCCCAGAUAUACUUCGAGUCUUCUGGCUAACAAGAAUUACAGCCCAGGCUACAGUGUUAAUAUACAUUUUAAGGAUGGCAAAUGAAACUGAGUCCUACUUUAUUUCUUGGGAUGAUUUUUGGGACCUCAUUUGCAAUCUUAUAAUUAGUGGAUGUGAUUCUACCUUAACUGUACUGGGCAUGAGUGCUGUAAUUUCCUCAGUAGCCCAUUACUUGGGUCUUGGAAUAUUGGCCUUUAUUGGAUCAACUGAAGAAGAUGACAGGCGGCUUGGCUUUGUAGCACCUGUUUUAUUUUUUAUUUUGGCUCUUCAGACUGGUUUAAGUGGGUUAAGGCCAGAAGAGAGACUUAUUCGCUUAAGUAGAAACAUGUGCCUUUUAUUAACUGCAGUCCUGCAUUUCAUCCAUGGGAUGACAGACCCUGUAUUAAUGUCUCUCAGUGCCUCCCAUGUGUCAUCUUUUCGUAGACAUUUCCCCGUGCUGUUUGUCUCUGCUUGCCUGUUUGUCCUUCCUGUUUUACUCAGUUAUGUUCUCUGGCAUCACUAUGCACUAAAUACAUGGUUGUUUGCUGUUACAGCCUUUUGUGUGGAACUCUGCUUAAAAGUAAUUGUUUCUCUCACUGUUUAUACAUUAUUCAUGAUCGAUGGCUACUAUAAUGUCCUCUGGGAAAAGCUUGAUGAUUAUGUCUACUAUGUUCGUUCAACAGGCAAUAUUAUUGAAUUUAUAUUUGGAGUAGUAAUGUUUGGAAAUGGGGCUUAUACUAUGAUGUUUGAGUCAGGAAGUAAAAUUCGGGCUUGUAUGAUGUGCCUACAUGCUUAUUUUAACAUCUACUUACAAGCAAAAAAUGGCUGGAAGACAUUCAUGAAUCGUAGAACUGCCGUGAAGAAAAUCAACUCGCUUCCUGAAAUAAAAGGGAGCCGCUUGCAAGAAAUAGAUGACGUAUGUGCAAUCUGCUACCAUGAGUUUACAACAUCUGCUCGUAUUACACCUUGUAAUCACUAUUUCCAUGCACUUUGCCUUCGGAAAUGGCUGUACAUUCAAGACACUUGUCCAAUGUGCCAUCAAAAAGUAUACAUUGAAGAUGAUAUCAAGGAUAAUUCAAAUGUGUCUAACAACAAUGGAUUUAUUGCACCCAAUGAAAAUCAAAAUCCAGAGGAAGCUAUAAGAGAAGAUGCUGCUGAAUCUGACAGGGAAUUGAAUGAAGAUGACAGUACCGAUUGUGAUGAUGAUGAUGAAGAUGAUGUUGAUGAUGUUCAAAGGGAAAGAAAUGGAGGAAUUCGGCACACAGGCGCAGCAGCUGAAGAACUUGUUAAUGAUGACACUGAUUAAAAUAGCAUUUACUAAUCAUUGAGGUAUUCGUUUAAAAUUCAGUUCAUCCAAAAUGAAGUAAUAUGCUUCACUUCAGUGUGUAACCAAGCACAAAAAACAGUAUCAAUGUUGAAUCUGUGAAUGGUUUUCCGUUUACUGUGAUGUGCUACUGUAAAUAUACCUCUUUAAUUACUUCUGGUCUCUUUGGUGACCUAUUUAAAUUUGUGUACAUUAUUGUACAUAGAAUAAAAUGUUUUCACGUUUUUAUGACAAAA